UUAAGCAUUUGCUUCCCGCACUUCGCGCGCAAACAACAGUUUGUGAGUUAUUCAUACAGACGCAGUGUUUAGUCUACCUCACCCACGCUGGUCAGUUGUACAGUAUCAUAAUUUAUUUACAUUUUUACCAUGGCUCCCAAGCGUGUUCUACCAUCUCUAGGUGUAAGAAGUGCUGCCAAGAAAUCCAGGAAAACCUUAACUCUGGAAAAGAAGAUGGAAGUGCUAGACAUGUAUAAAAAGGGCCUCAAGACGUCAGCGAUUGUUAAAACUAUGGGCUUAAAUGAGAGCACCCUUCGUUGCAUUCGGAAUAAUGAAACGAAGAUUCGGGCCAGUGUGAAAGCAGGGUCCACACUAAGGUCUUCGCAUUCAAGACCUCCAAUUAUGGGAAAAAUGGAGAAAUUGCUCUCGACUUGGAUAGACCAUCGAAAUCGGUGUAAUGUUCCGGUAAGCAUGAAGCUCGUUCAAGCUAAGGCGAAGUGCAUCUACGACGACCUUAAAAAGGAUGACAAGAAACCCUUCACUGCAAGCUCAGGGUGGUUUGCCAACUUCCGAAAAAGAUAUGGCUAUCACAACAUCAACGGGACUCGUGAAGUAGCUGCUUCUGCCAAGAAACCUGGUAGUGAAUACUCUGCCAUCCUUAAAACCAUCAUUGAAGAAGGAGACUAUUCAUCUAAACAAGUGUUCAACAUAGAUGAGACUGGUUUAUAUUGGAAAAAACUACCAGAGACAUACAUGCCUGUAGAAGAAACCACAGCAGCAGGAUUUAAAUCCUCUAAGGACCGCUUGACUGUGAUGUUUGGAUGCAAUGCAGAGGGUGACUGCAAGCUGAAACCAGUGCUCAUCUACCAUUCAGAGAAUCCCAGAGCUCAAGGGUUAUGACAAGGCCUUCCUGCCAGUUCACUGGUAUGCAAACAAGAACGGUUUGAUGACGUCGUCUGUGUUCAGUGACUACUUCAAGAAUAAACUGCAUAGCGAAUUGGAGGUCUACUGCAAACAAGAAUGCAUCCCUUUCAAGAUUUUGUUAUUGUUAGAUAAUGCUGCCAGCCACCCACAUACACUUUGUGAUCUCAGUGAGAACAUCAAACUUGUAUUUUUACCACCCAGUACAACAUCCUUACAUCAGCCUUUACACCAGGGUGUAAUACAAACAUUUCAUUUGUAUUAUCUGCGAUCAACCUUGGCUGACUUGGUGACAGUAAUCAACGAGAAAGGCAUCAGCGUGAGGGAUUACUGGCGCAACUUUAACAUAAAGAAUGCUCUCAAUUUCUUGAAGAUGGCUUGGGACGAAGUGCCAUCUAAGUGCAUAAAUGGUGUAUGGAAACAUCUCUGCCCACAGUUUGUCUACAAUAUCAAAGGAUUCUCAAUUGAGGGUAACAUUACAACUGCUAAAGAAAAGACUGUGGUACUGGCCAAGAAGCUUGGAUUUUAUGAUGUAGAGGAAGAUGAAAUUGAAGAGUUGCUACAGUCUCAUCAUGUUGAAUUAAGCAAUGAAGAUCUACUGGAGUUGGAAAGAAUACGAGUGAAGGAAGAAGAAACAGAAGCAUCACAAACUCAACAACAUGUUCUCUCACUCAAGGUGCUAUCGGACGCUAUGGGUAAAUUAAGAAAGCUCUUGAUAUGAUUGAGGAAAAUGACCCAAAUGUACAAAGAAGCUCCUCAGUCUCUUGCAAAGUGUUGGCAGAUUUUAGGUGUUAUCAAGAGAUGUUGCUAGAAAAACAACAGAAGUCUGUCCAGAUGACAUUCUUGAAGAGGAAAGGAGAAGAGGAAGAAGAACAGUCAGAAGAUGAACCACAAAGGGAAGGGCAGUCAGAAGAGGAAUCACUAGAGGGAGAGGAGUUUGAAUCAGAGUGACAAGCAAUCAAGAGCUCAGUGACCACACCACUGCUGUAUAUUCCAGCUUAGAAAGGUGAACACAUAGACACGACCAGUGAGUGUGUGCUCCACCAGCCCUUCCAAGCCCCAUCAGUACUGCCUCUCCACUUGCUGUACUUCCAUCUCAGCAGGGAUGGGGUCAGCAGGAGAACUGUGGUGCCUGACUUGUCCCUGCUGCAGCUCCUCUUCACUGGCUGCCUGCUGCUGUGCUACUGGUCAGUGGGAAUUGUCUGGAGAAGAGGUUGUUUACACUGGAACAGGACAGUUUCUCUUGGAGCUGUAGGAGGCGAUGCAGGAGGUGAUAGAAUACCUGAGGAUAUGGGAUGGGGUCUGCAUGCAACACCUCCGCAGGCUGACACCUGUGAUGACCUUCUGAUGUUUGUUAGCAAGCUUGUGGAGUAUUGAAAGUAUAAAUGUGUAUGUGUAAUAAGUGGGAAUUGUUGUGAAAAUUAAGACUAUUCAUGCUUGUUUACCAAUGAAAAUAUGUGGAGUAAGAGGUGGAUGGUUAGAGAAAUGUUGUUUGAUGAAGGGCAUUGAAAGUGUAAGUGUGUAUGUAAGUGGGCAUUAUAGCAAAAAUUAAGACCAAAUGGUGUUUGUGAACUUAGAACAAAUUUUUGGAUUAAAAGGUGGAUGGUUUGGGAAAUGUAUUAUUGAAAGUAUAAGUUUGUUUGUGUAGUAAAUUGAUAUUGUUGUGAAAAUUAAGUCCAGUUAUGCUUGUGUACUUAUGAAAUUUUUUUGAGUAAGAGGUGGAAGGUUAGAGAAAUGUAGUUUGAUGAAGGACAUUGAAAGUAAGUUUUUUUUUUUGUAGUAAGUGGGAAUUAUAGUGGAAAUAAGACUUUUUAUGCUUGUAUAUCUAUAAAGGAAAAUAAAAAGAAAAGGAGAAAUAGGGGUCAGUUGUAAAGAAAUAGAGAUGAAAACAAUGUAAUCAACAAGUCUAGUAUUAAAAUCUAGGUGGAAAAGAAAGAUAAUAUGAAUGGGUUUUGCUAAUCACAUCAAACUGAAUCAUUAUGUUAUGUUUAUGGUGAGAGGAAUUAUCUAUUCAUAUAUCAGCCUUGGAAUUCCACACUGGUUGAUAUAUAGAUAGAUCUAGAUAGAUGGUUUCUCCAUAUGAAUAGGAUAUAAUGAUGACUGGAUAAAAGGACUGAACAAUGAUGAAUGUGUUAAGUAAAUGUCAUUAUUAUUGUCACAGGAAAAUAAAGUAGUGAGACAGAAAGAGUUUAUUAAGAUACUCAAAGUUUA